GUUCAAACAGCUCGAGGAUGCUGCUAAAGAGGAGGCCCAGAAGUUUGAGGACAGCGUCACCAGCAAGAUAGGGAACCGCAAGAAGGACGAAAGCAGUAGUACUGAUAUCCUGGAGCCCAUGGGCAGUUCCAAUCUAGGCUUCUCUGGCGGUUUCCUUAGCAACAUGUUUGGUAGCAUGGGUGCUGGUUUGGCAGUGACAAGGCAACCGUGGUGGAAGGGGCCUAAUGUGUGUGUGGAACGUGAGGAGAUAGAUGAAAGCCAACAUCACAACCGCACAGGAGAAACUUCGAAUACAGAUAGUGAUGAAGAAGAAGGAGGUGUUUUUGGAUCUUUCCAAUUCUCCAGUUGCCAACAGACAGACAUAAAGUAUACCUGUACCACCAAGAUUCGUAACCAUGGAAUCCGCAAGACUUUCAUUGUGAAGUAUCAGUGCUGCCAUGGCUUUAAGCGAGUUGAAGGAAAACCAGGCUGUACAGAGGUCCAUCUGAAGAGCCUGCUGGAAACAGCAGCUGAUGUAGGAGGAAAGGAUUUUGUCCAGUUAGUCCGCACUUCCGGUCUGGAAGAAAAGACAACUGCCAGCAAUUUGACACUCUUUGUUCCAUCAGAUGAUGCUGUUCGUGACUUUACCGAUAAUUUGCAGGAAGCAAAUCAGGUAGAAUUCUAUGUUCCCCCUGCAUCCGCACGCAGGCGACGUGAAGCUGGUAUGGAGGGUACCAGUAUGCGGGACAUUGUUCUGGGCCACAUGGUUCCGGGUCUCUAUGACAUGAGUGAGCUUGUAAAUGAACAGGUUCUUUACAGUGACAAUGCAAACAGCUCUGUAAGAGUGAACUUAUACGCUGUUCCUGGUGAGAGACUGAUGACAGCAAAUUGUGCAAGACUCACAUCUAUCAACAACUAUGCAGAAAAUGGUGUUGUGCAUGUUGUGGACCGAAUGAUCCGUCCCGUCACUAAAACACUUGCUGAGCUUCUUGCACAGGAUAGCCAGUUCUCUAUACUGAGAUCCUUGCUCUCAAAAACUGAUCUGCUUCAGACAUUGAAGGAACCUGGUCACCUGACCAUUUUUGCUCCAACAGACUCUGCAUUUGAGAAGCUGGAUCCAACAGUACAGUCUCGAUUACUACAAGGCGAGGCAUGCGUUGGAAAUGUUCUUCGACAUCACCUGGUAAAACAUUCUGUGUGUUCUGCUGCAAUUUCGAGUCGCCUGAUGACCAUCAAUAUGGAUGGUGAUACUUUGACUCUAGAAAGAAGACCAGAUGAUGGAAAAUUGUUUGUCUCUGGAGUACAGAUUGUUGCCAAAGAUGUAGUUGGAACUAAUGGAAUUAUCCAUGUUAUUGAUGAUAUCAUUAUGCCAGACUCUGCUCGGCCAGUCACUGGAGUGUUGUCCAGUCACAACCUGACUACAUUCUUGGCACUUCUGCGUGAGGCAGGAUUGGCUGAAUCCCUUGACUCAAUGAAAAAUGUUACAUUGUUUGCCCCAACCGACGAAGCCCUAGCAAGACCUGAAUCAGCAGCUGAAUUGGAGAAGCUCAGGGCUGACAAAGAUAAGCUUCGUGACCUGCUGCUCUACCACACAACAGGACCUGAGGUGCAGUCAUGUGACUUCUCAAAUGAUAAGGAACUCAAGAGUAGCCUUGCUGAUAAGUCUAUUCGAAUCAAUCUGUACGCCACUUUGCCAUUUUUUACUGGUGCAAUUACAAGGGCAACUGCACAAUGUGCACGACUAAUCAACUUUGACAAUCGGGCAUGUGGAGGAGUUGUUCAUGAAAUAGACAAGUUACUGGUACCACCUACUGGAUCCAUCCUGCAACUUAUUGAAAAGGAAGAUAACUAUACUUUGCUCAGGAAAAUCAUUGAGGGAACUGAGCUGGAGGAAGAUCUGAGUGGAGAGGGACCAUUCACUUUCCUUGCUCCAACGGAUGUGGCUUUCAAUAAGCUUGAUGAAGAGGAUCUUAAAAUUCUUACUGAGGACAAACGCUUUGCUGUAAAAGUUUUACGUCAGCAUAUUCUUCCAGAAGCCCUCUGCUGUGCUGGUGUGGGUGCCACCUCCUGGCCGUUUACCAAUCGUGUUGAAACUCUCAGUGGAAAGUCUGUAGCUGUUCGGAGAGAUCAUGAGGGACGAGUCCACAUUGGCAGCACCACAGUACAUGAUUGUGAUAUUCCAGCUACCAAUGGCAUUAUUCAUUCUGUUAACAGGGUUAUGGUACCAUAUGACAACAAACACAAUGGAUCGCUCCAGAAAUUUGGGAAUCCUAAUGUUGAAGUUUUCCUGUAUGGAGUGUAAGGUGCUAUUGUUUUAAUUCUUUUUUUUAAUAAUUUUUAGAUGUCAUUAAGCCUAUAUGUUUGAUGUUAUCACAAUAUUUGUCAUGUUACAAAUACUUAUGCCAUUUUAAUGACUGAAAGUAUAAUCUGAUGACAGACAACACUGAAAUUCUUAGCCAUUUGUAUAAUGUCAGUUGUCUUUGUAUUUAACAUUCUGUGUGUGUAUUCUGGAGGAAUUUUAAAUUCCACUGAGGUAAUCACAUACUUCAUGCUUGUUAUCAAACUUUUGUUAGUAACAUGUUUAUAUUAGUGCUUGUGUGCCUAAGUUGUUACUCAGUACAAAAAUUAUUGUCAUUACUCAGAUUGGCUGGGUGGUCUUGAAAGAAGAUUGUCAUAGGAAUGACUGUAAAAUAAGAGGAUAGAAGAAAAAAUAUAUUUAUGAGAGAAUGAGUAAUGGGAAAGAGUGGGAAAUGAGGUGAGAUAUAUGUUCAAUAAAGUUGGAUUGAGAAUGAAGAGUUGUUAUUACAGUAAACAUCUUUCCGUGUGAUCAUAUGUUAUGUAAGUAACUUAGUGAAUGAAUAGUAGUUACUAAUAAUUACAUUGCAUUAUUUGUUGCUGAUGUGUCCUUGAAAAUUACAUGCCAAAUACUGUACAGAGACAGUGUUUAAUAAUUUACAGAAAGUUAAUGUUCAAGCAAGUGAUACCAAUAAAACAUAUUUUGCCUUAGUU